AUGAUUGACUUGACGACAGAGGAAACUACAGAUGAGGCAAUUUACAAAGGAGUUUCAACAGAUUAUUUCGAUCAUGGUGACCAAUGUAUUUCUUGUGAAGUAUGCAAUGCUAAAUUAUGGGAUGCUGAAAAAGGAAGGGGAAGAAAAGAGAAAGGAAGAAUAUGCUAUUUCUUAUGUUGUGGUUAUGGCAAAGUAGAGCUACCAGAUUAUAAAGAUGCUGUCCCAAGUUAUAAGAAACUUUUUAUGUAUAAGGAUAAAGAAAGCAAACAUUUUUUGAAUAAUAUUCGAUGGUAUAACUCCAUGUUUGCUUUCACGUCAAUGGGUGGUAAGGUUGAUCCCACUGUUAACAGAGGUAAUGGACCAUUCUGCUACAGAAUUAGUGGAGAGAACUACCACAGCACUGGAAGCCUGCUUCCGGAAGACGGAGAUCAACCAAAAUUUUGCCAGCUCUACAUUUUCGAUACUGAAAACGAACUUUCCAACAGACAAUCCGUUUUUAGUCGUUCCAAGGAUUCAUCUUCCUCAAGUGUGGCUGAACUUGAUAGUAAACUGAUUGAACAUAUAAAAUGUGUUUUAGAUUCAGAAAAUCAGUUGGUAAAAGCUUAUAGGAUGGUUAGAGACUGUUUUCAUGAAAACCCUGAUCUUAAUCUAAAGCUUCGUCUAAUUGGUAUUAGAGAAAAAGAUGGACGAACGUAUAAUUUACCAACCUGUGGUGAAGUUGCUGCUCUAAUUGUGAGGGAUAUUGCCAACACAAUCAACAAUAGAGAUAUAGUUAUUGAAACGCAGAUAGGUACUUUGAAACGAAUUAGUGAAUUGCAUCCUUCAUACCUUGCACUUCAAUAUCCUAUUUUGUUCCCUUAUGGAGAUGAUGGUUACAGAAUUGACAUCCCUCAUCGAGGUGUCGUAGACGUAAUCAAUAAGAAACGUCCAAAUUGUACAAUGAGAGAGUUCUUUGCAUAUCGUGUGCAAGACAGAAUUAAUCAGUUUUCAUUGAUUCUAAAUUCAAGGAGACUCUUUCAACAACUCUUGGUUGAUGCGUAUACUAUGAUUGAGAGCGAAAGGCUUAACUAUAUACGACUUCAACAAAAGAAUCUAAGGUCAGAUAGCUAUGAAAGUCUAUGUGAAUUAAGAAAUAAGGGCCAGCAAGACAUAUCUAAGGUUGGAAAACGAAUCUUUUUGCCCUCUUCGUUUACCGGUGGCGCUAGAUAUAUGAUGCAAAAUUAUUUAGAUGCCAUGGCUAUCUUUGUUUACACAAUCGAGUUUCAAAAGAGAGGAUUGCCUCAUGCCCACCUAUGCUUAUUCUUAGAAAAUGAAUCCAAACUUCCAACGGUAGACCAUGUUGAUCCAUUUAUAACUGCAGAAAUCCCUGAUGAAGAUGAAGAUGCAGAAUUAUAUGCGCUUGUGAAAGACUAUAUGAUUCAUGGUCCAUGUGGUAACGCUAAUUUAAGUUGUCCAUGUAUGGUUGACAAUAAGUGUUCGAAGGGUUUUCCAAAGAAAUUUCAAGAUCAUACUACACUGGAUUCAAAUGGAUUCCCAAUAUACAAAAGAAGAGAUAAUGAUGCUUCUGUAGUAAAAAAUGGAAUCGACUUAGACAACCGAAGUGUUGUGCCAUACAACAAAAAACUUUUGAAACGGUACCAGGCACAUAUAAAUGUUGAGUGGUGCAAUCAAGCCGGAUCAAUUAAAUAUUUGUUUAAAUAUAUAAAUAAAGGCCCUGAUAGAGCAACCGUUGCUGUUGUCCAACAUGAUAAUAACAAUGAAGAACUAGAACAAGACGAGGUCAAAGAAUAUUAUGAUUGUAGGUAUCUAUCGGCUUGUGAGGCAUCUUGGAGGAUCUUCGCCUACGAUGUGCAUUACAUGACUCCUUCUGUUAUGAGGCUGCCUUUCCAUCUUCCCGGAAAACAACCUGUUGUUUUUGGACCUGACGAGGAUAUUAAUCAAGUCCUUAACAAACCAUCUGUCAAAGCUUCAAUGUUUCUUUCCUGGAUGGAACGUAACAAAGACCCGAAUGACACAUUGGCCCGUACACUUACAUAUGUUCAGUUUCCAAGUUGGUAUGUAUGGAAGCUUGAUAAACGUUGUUGGGAACCUAGACAAAGACAUAAGUCAAUUGGGAGAAUUCACGCUGUAAGUCCGUCUCUUGGGGAAGCAUAUUUUUUAAGAAUUCUUCUUAACAAAGUGAAAGGACCAAAAUCUUUUGAUGAUAUUAAAACAGUUGAUGGUAAGGUAUAUGAUACAUUUAGAGAUGCAUGUUAUGCACUCGGUCUUUUGGACGAUGACACAGAAUACAUUGAGGCAAUCAAGGAAGCAAAUGAAACAGGAUCCCCCUCGUAUCUUUGUAAUUUAUUUGCUACUUUGCUAUUAACAAAUACGUUAUCCAGACCAGAGGUUGUAUGGGAAAGCACAUGGAGAUACAUGACAGACGACUUUAUCUACAGACUUAGAAAAUAUCAUCGAGUUACAGCUUUAUCAAUUCCAGAUGAGCAGCUUAAAAACUACGUUUUGAGUGAAGUUGAAAAAUUCUUAGCUAGAAACAACUCAUCACUCAAAAGAUUUGAGACAAUGCCGUACCCAGAUAAUGCGUCUAUGUCUGAUUCAGACAAUCGUUUGAUUAACGAGGAGCGUAUCUACGACCAAACCAAUCUUGAAGUUGAAUUUAAUAAUCAACUUAAUUUGCUAACUGAGGAGCAACGGUCAGGUUUCCAACAAAUAAUCAACGCAAUUGAGGGUAACAAAGGUGGGGUUUUUUUUGUGUAUGGCUAUGGUGGGACCGGGAAGACCUUCUUAUGGAAGACAUUAUCUGCGGCAAUCAGAUCAAAAGGUCAAAUUGUAUUAAACGUUGCUUCCAGUGGGAUCGCGUCGUUGUUAUUGUCUGGUGGCAGGACCGCGCAUUCCAGGUUUCGUAUUCCAUUGAAUCUUACAGAGGAUUCAGUUUGUCAUAUAAAACCUGAUGGAGAUGUAGCUAGACUACUACACGAAACAAACUUGAUUAUAUGGGAUGAAGCGCCUAUGGUCCAUAAGCAUGCAUUCGAAGCGUUGGAUAGAACAAUGAACGACAUUUUCAAUAUCGACACUUCCAACAGAUCAAAUAUCCGCUUUGGAGGAAAGGUUAUUGUUUUAGGAGGCGAUUUUAGACAGAUCCUUCCUGUUGUUCCAAAUGGUGGAAGACAAGAGAUUGUCAAUGCCUCAAUAAGUUCGUCUUAUCUGUGGAAUACAUGUAAGUUGCUGAGACUAACAAAAAACAUGAGGUUAACAGUUGGAAGUUCAGCAUCGGACGCUGAAGAAAUAAAACAAUUUGCAAAAUGGCUUUUGGAUAUAGGUGAGGGAAAUGUUGGUGGUCCAAAUGAUGGAGAAGCAUCAAUUGAAAUACCAAGCGACCUUCUGAUCACUGAUACAUCGGACCCCAUUUCAACUUUAAUUGAUUUUGUGUAUCCUUCAAUUCUUGAAAACUUCAACAAUCAGAAUUAUUUCAGUGAGAGGGCUAUACUUGCACCUAAGACAAAUGUAGUUUACAAAGAAGUAUUUCGUGACUUGUGAUCUCCAUGUACUCAUUCAUCGU